AGGGGGCUGCGCCUGUCAAUCACCGGGUCCCGGCCAGUGAUUACUCACCGGAGCCCGGUGAUUGCCGAGUAUCUCCAAUGGGAAGGAGAACUGUAUGUAAAACUAUACAGUUCUCUCCUCCUUGUCAGCUCGUGUACACUGCUCUGGAUGGCUAGCAGUGUGAUUACAGUGAAGCACACACACAGAGCUUACAGUAAAACAGCACACAGUUAACCCUUUGAUCGCCCCUCAUGUUAACCCCUUUCUGCCCAGCGGCCUUAGUACAGUGUCAGUGCUUUUUUUUUAGCACUGAUCACUGUAUUGGUGUCACUGGGGAUGUCAGUGACACCAAGUCAGUUCCCCCCCCAGUGUCAGAAUGCCCGCCGCAGUCCCGCUAUAAGUCGCUG